AUGAGGGAUGAUAUACCUGCGGUACAUACACUUGAGUUUACACAAGAACCUGAGGAUACUAUAGUUCAAAGUGGAAAGCCUGCAAUUCUAAACUGUGCUGCCAAAAAUCCCAGUGCUCCAUCUUGGUAUAGAAUUCGAUGGCGUGGCCCAGAUGGACAAGAUCUUAAUUUUAUUGGAGAGACAUAUAGAUCUCAACUCUCAAAUGGAUCCUUAUAUUUCAACGCAGUUGUAGAUCAUCAGGGCUUAACAGGGAAUUACCAAUGUAUGGCAACAGUGGAACCGAUUGGAACUAUUGUCAGUCAUGCAGCAAAACUUAGUAUUGCCUCCUUUCCAGCUAUUGAGUUACAUCCCAUCGAUCAAUCUGUGCCUGUUGGUCAGACCGCAUUCUUCACUUGCCUUAUUGUACCUGUAGAUAGGAAGAUCAAAUAUACCUAUGUCUGGCUAAAAGAUGAAAGACCAAUCAAGUUGGACAGUGUUCGCAUGACUAUUUUACCUUCAGGUGCUUUAGAAAUUGAUGACAUUGUUCCUUCUGAUAAAGGAUCAUACAGGUGUAAUGUUACUGAUAACAAUCAAUAUAGAUUAAGUCAUAAAGCUAUACUAGAAGUAGAGAGAUAUGAUGAUUCAAUAGCAGCACCGGUAUUCAUUGCCUUGCCUCAAACUCAAAUAGUAAUUGAGGGUGAUAGCACAACUUUUGACUGCGCAGCUAAUGGGAAUCCCAAACCAAGUAUAACUUGGUUAAAAAAUGGAGAGGCUAUUGACCUAAAUGACCUGGAUAGUAGAUUUCGUAUUAUAGGUACUGGUAGUUUACAAUCCAACAUUAGAGAAAGCGAUUCAACAGUAUAUCAAUGUCGGGCACAAAAUAAUGAAGAUUCACUAGAUGCAACUGCCAAUUUAAAUGUUCAGGUUCCACCUAGAUUCACAAUAGUUCCAUCAGAUAAAAUUGCUAUUGAGAAAGAGGACAUAGAACUCGAAUGUGCAAUCUAUGGAAUACCACAACCAAAAGUACAAUGGUUAAAAAAUGGUGAAACUAUAAAACCAAAUGAUUAUAUGCAGAUAGUAAAAGACAACAAUUUAAAAAUUUUGGGAUUGAUGGGCACAGAUGCUGGAAUAUUUCAGUGCAUUGGUACUAAUCCUACAGGGAGUGUUCAAGGAUCAGCUAGACUAAGCAUUUUGGGCCCAAAUUCCAUGAAAUCAUUUCCAUUACAUAAUGCACAUGAUCGAAUUAGACAGAAAAAUACUGAAAAAAUUCCCAAUGCACAUUCCAUAUUAAAUAGUUUAAAAUCUAGCAAUUCAUUAGCAUUGAACACUCGCAAUGUACUGAAUUCUUUAAAAUCAGAUGAUGAUAAAUCGGGAGAUGAAUAUGAUGAUGAUUCAAACAUAGAUAAUUUAUUAUUGAAUAUUCCAAAGAAUAAAAAUGUUACUUUGAGUAAUGAGAAUAGUAGUCUGUUUGGUGAGAUCAUAAACCAUUCCAUUUCCCCAUUUAAUGAUCUGGAUCUAGAUGAAACCCUAAAUCCCUAUCUCACAAAUGAGUCCUUAUCCAAUGUAGAUGGUCAUACAUAUGGAGACAUUAAUCACACUCCAAUCAUAUCUGGAAAUGAAAAUGGUUUGCCUGGACCUCCAAGAGAUUUGGUAGCUUAUAUUGUUAAGACUAGGUUUGUUACUUUAAAAUGGAGUGAGCCAGAAGAAACAAAUGGAAACAUUCUAGGCUAUUCGGUGUAUUAUAGACUACAAGGAAGUCAAAGAGAACGAGUACUUCCAACAAAAUCAAAAGUUGAAGAAAUGGUGGUUGCUCAUUUACAGCCUGCAAAAGUAUAUAUGUUCAGAGUAGUAGCUAACAAUUCAAGAGGGCCUGGUAUCAGUUCACAGAUUUUGGCAGUAACAACUCAAGCAGAAGAAGAUGUUUCUGGUCCACCAGUUUUUGUUAAAGCUGAACCUUUAAGCCCAACUAAAAUUAAAGUGUCCUGGCAACAACCUACUGUAACCAAUGGAGAUAUAUUAAAAUACAAAGUUUAUUAUAUGGAGGCUGACAGUACAGAGGAGUCUUCUCAAGAUUCAGUUGACUUAACUACAGAACUCGUGAAUUUGUUACCAUAUACUACUUACAAUAUAUACGUAGUAGCAGUCAAUAAUCAUGGUAUUGGCACAUCAUCAAGUGAGCUAACAGUUCGAACUUACAGUGAUAUUCCUACUGAACCUCCUUCCAAUGUGACUUUAGAACCUACAAGCACAGUAAGUUCGAUAACUGUGCAUUGGGAACCCCCUCCAGCUUCUGACCAUAAUGGUAUUAUAACAGGUUAUAAAAUUAAGUACAGAAAAUUUAAUAAGAAGAAGAGUGAAACUUCUUCCACUCCUGCCAAUGUAAGAUUUUAUGUAAUAAAUAAUUUAGACAAGAUGACUGGAUAUCAGAUUAAACUAUGUGCUCUUAAUGUAAACGGUUCAGGGCCUUAUACCGAAUGGCAUCAUGUUGAGACAUAUGAAAACGAUUUAGAUGAAUCUAGUGUUCCUGGUGAACCUAGCCCUUUAAAAGUACGACCAUCAUCAGAUUCAAUAACAGUCUCAUGGAAUCCACCCAGAGAUCAAUAUAUAAAAGUUCGCAGUUAUAUUCUAGGCUGGGGUAAUGGUAUUCCGGAUGUUUUCACACAAGUUCUUGAUGACAAUGCUCGAUAUUUUGUUAUAAAAAAUUUAGAACCUAAUUGCGAAUAUGUUAUAAGCUUAAAGGCAAGAAAUGAAGUCGGUGAUGGUCCACCUGUUUACAGCAAUGUUAGAACUAGGGAAGAAGCCCCAUUAGAAACAUCAAGUCCUUUAGUUCCUCCAGUUGGAUUGAAAGCUGUUGUGCUCUCUAGUAAUGCAGUAGUUGUAUAUUGGACAGAUACCACUUUAAGUAAAAGUCAGUAUGUAACAGAUAAAAGGCAUUACACAGUACGCUACACUACUACUGGGAGUCCUAAAUACCGUUACCAUAACUCCACUGAACUGAACUUGAUGAUCGAUGACUUAAGGCCUAAUACUCAAUAUGAGUUCACAGUUAAAGUUGUCAAAGGCAAGAGAGAAAGCCCAUGGAGUAUGGAAGUAUUAAACACAACUCAGCCCCCACCUUCUACACCACCCCGAGAUUUAGCAGUAUUAUUGCCCACAAAAGAUAACAAUUAUGUUACUUUGCAAUGGCAACCACCCCGUGUUUCUAAUGGACCUAUUACAGGAUAUGUAAUUUCCUAUUCUCCUGAUAAUUUACGCAAUGAUAGGGAUUGGUUAGCAGAAGCGGUUGUUGGUGACAAGCAUACUAUUGUAUUAAAACAAUUAACUCCAAAUACAAAGUAUUAUUUCAAAGUUAAAGCUAGGAACGAUAAAGGAUAUGGUCCAUUUUCAUCUCCAAUUACGCACUUUACUGAUCCAAUUGAGGGUGAAUCUACAUUAUCAGGAAACAUAAUUUUAUAUUGCAUUAUUGGAGGUUCUGUAUUUGCAAUUAUUUGCUUAAUUAUUUUCUUGGUUAUAUUCUGUAGAAGAAAUUCAGAUCCUAAUGAAAUGGAACACAAUAAAAGGUACCUAUCAAAAAAUAAUGCUUCUAAUAUAAAACCUCCUGACCUGUGGAUUCAUCAUGAUCAAAUGGAAUUAAAGGCAUUGGAAAAGGGUCAUUCUAAUAAUUCAGGUUGCAAUGACGGUGCUUCCAGUUCCGGUGCUAUGACCUUGCCAAGAUCUGUGGGUCAUGAAUAUGAUCAAUCUCCUUCAUCUCAUCCACAUAUGAGCAAUUCAUUGGAUAAGAGAACUUAUGUUCCUGGUUUUAUGGUUGCUACUACUCCUGUGACUAGCAGCUCCGAGUCUUCAUCAACAAGGCCUACUUAUCCCAGAACUCAAUACAGUAUAUCAAGAGCUCAUGUCACAUUAGAUCAAAACAAUGUGCCUAGUUUAUCUCACACAUCCAAUGUACCACAUAUGACUUCAAUGGGACUUGGUAAUGGAGGCUCUUCACUCACUUCGGGGCAAAACAUAUCUUCUGUAGGAUCACUGCCAAAUUCUAUUGAAACUUGUAAAUCCAAUCUACCUCACAAUAAUUCUGCACAAACACCAGAAAAUCCUUACGUUUAUGAUACAGUAACUUCUAAUUAUAGCCAACCACCAGUAACUUCAUCACCAUAUGCACCAGUAGAACCUAAGAGAGCGCAGGGACAUCCAUUAAAAAGUUUCAGUGUUCCGGCACCACCCACAUCAUCAACUCCAAAUACUCCUAACACCAAGCAUAAUGCUUCCCAAGGUAUUAAUCGACCACAAAAUGCAUCACCAUAUAAAAAACCUUUAAUGAUUAAUAGACUGCAAGCAGGACCAUCAGUUUGUCAUUCAUCAGAUGAAGUUCAACGACUGGCUCCGAGCCACUCAACUGAGGAAUUGCAUCAAGAAAUGGCUAAUUUGGAAGGCUUAAUGAAAGACCUAAAUGCAAUCACAGCCAAUGAAUUUGAGUGUUAAAAUUUUAUUUAUUAUGGUACAGUAUUUUAUG